AUGGUCGAUAGGCGCCAGUUCACAUGGUCGGAAAUUCAAGAUUCUACUCAGUUUGUUGAUUUCACUGGCCUCCCUUAUCUCCAUCUUAGCGGCCGACAUGGGAUUCAGCAGGCAGAUGCGGCCGAUAAAAUGCAGUCUGAUGCCUUUAUUUUUCCCUGUCUUGUGCAGACUCUGUUGGAGUACUUUUCUCAAUUUACCGUCCUAAAUAUGAGGAUUCUGAUGUCUAGAGCACAAGAAAGUUUACAUAAAAAUAGCAUCUUGUAG